GGGGCGGCGGUGCCGGGUUACAGCGGUUGUAACCGGAGACGGGCCCCGCGUAACCCGGCACCGCGGUUGCGGGAGCGAGGGUAGGGGCCAUUCGGCUGCGUGGGGGUGAGGCGCCAGUCGUGCGCGGGGAAAGCAGGACGAGCCGCGGGGAUAGCAAUAGGGCCCCGGGCCGGUCGGCGCAGCCUCCCCGCUGCCUCGAGAAAAGCUGGGAAAAUCUGAUACAUGCAGUAAUGCAAAAGCUGACACAAAAUGUACAUGAAAACUGACAGUCAGUGAAAUUCUUAUGGCAUAUUAUCAAAGUGGACCAACCAGGAAGGGUAAAAGCAAGCUAUCUGACUGGAUGAAAAACCCAGCAAAUAACAUAGUCUUAGACAAGUGUGACUAUUCUGGGGAUGCAACUGAUGAGGAGCAAGAAGACUUACCUUAUGAUGGAGACUUGGAAAGAACCUACAAACACAUCAGUGAUUCAGAUAACUUGAAGGAUUGUACACUUAUCGAAAAGAAAUCUGAUAAUUGUUUACAGUUAACCUAUUCAGAAGUUAGCAACCGUUUAAAAGAGACGAAUUAUAAAAUGCAACAAGUACCUCAAGAAAAGGUGUUUCCUUACCAUCCACCUGCUACAAGGGCAAGUGGAAUUAAAACUGAAAUGACAAGAGAUGCUCUAGUGAGUGGAACAUCUUUUGAGAAGGAAUUAACAGUUGGAGUGUUCAGUAUCCCAGUUAGAAAUGAACAUUUCGCCAACUCAAAAAUUUCUGAUGUUCUUUUGCGUCAUUUUUCCAAAGAUGAGCUAUUGAGUGCAAACCAUUUAAUUGAUUGUGAGACUAUCCCAGAGACCUCUCUUACUGAAAGUGUUGAUGAAGCUAUCCUGAAUAAAAUGAGGAUUUCAGAAUGCACUAAGCCCACUUUACCAGCAGAAGCACAGGCAAAGUCCUUUGAAGAUUAUAAUUUCCUAAAGCAAGAAAAAAUAUUUGAAGCUGUUCACAGAGAUAACAAUUUACUAGAUGAAAAUAAAUUUGUUAUAGAAAAGGGAGCUACUUCUUAUUUUGAUGAGGGAGAGCUUAUACAGAAGAAUUCUGAAUCAGUUACUGGGACUGAGGAUACAAACAGCUUUCAAAACACAGGAAAAGAGCAUGCGUAUCAAAAAAGUCUGUUUGAGAGAACAGUGUCAUCCCAUGCAUUUAAAUAUGGCCAAGGCCAAGUUCAUUAUUGCCUUCCUGAUGUUUCUAAAGUUGCUUCAAAAGUUAAAACACCAAAAGGAAAUAACAAUAAAUCAAUUCCCAUAAUAAAAAACCCGAAAUCCUCCCCCAAUUUGCUUGUGAAAUCAUCAGUUGUGAAAGAUGUUUUAGAAACUAUGAAUUAUUUUGAUUCUAGUGAAGUAAAGAUUCAAGAAAAGGAAAUGUGUAUUCCUGAACUAGGGCAACAGCUAGAGAUGCUGACAAAACAGGCCGAAACUCAGAAUCAUAUUGAUCACCUGAGAUUUGAUUAUAAGAGAUAUCCUCCUGCAGGGUCUCCUAAUCCAAACUUUGCCAUUCACUCAGGAGGAUUACAAUCUGGGAGAAUUAUCACAGCAUUACCAUCACCUGGUGCAGCAGGAGAAAUGUGUUUAAAUCUUAACUUGUUGCAAAAAACAACAGAAGGAGAAAAGAUGUCUCAAAUGCUAAAGGAACAAACAGAACAACUGAGAGCUGAAGUUGAAGAUUUUUAUAAACAUGUAACACAGGCCCCAUCUUCACAAGAUCAUUGUCUGGUGUUAAAGCAAUUAAAGGGAUACCUUGAUGCAUUGGAACGGAAAUAUGUAGCCACUAGAGAGGAACAUCGUGGUUUACAGCUACAGAAUUACAAGCACAACCCCAUAAGUGUGGGCGAGUUUGAUCCUGACAGAAAAGUAGAGGGAGAAAUAUUUAGGCUUGGAAUGCUGCUUGAAGAUGUGCAAGAGAAAAUGGAUGAUAACUUGUACAGUCGAUGUUCCUCUUCACAGAUAAGGCUUCUAACAUCUCCUUCACUCUCUGCAUGUGAAUCUGUGAUUUCAUCUUGUUCUGUUCUUCCUGAGAGCGAAUUAGUCUCAAGCAUUAGUGAUCCUCCAGGAAGGACAGCUACUGAAGUGAACUUCCUUGAUAAAAAGAAGGAUGAGAGCACAAAAAAAAGUUGGGCAACUGAGGUGACCCUAGAGAAAAACUGCCUGCUUUCUUUAUAUAAUGACAAUUGGGAUCCUUUCACUCAAGUUCAGUUAAGAUUACAAGAGAGAAAUGCAUCUGCCUAUGAAAAAGAUACUCAGCCUCUGGAAGAAGCCAGAUUACUAGCAAAUAAGAACUCUUCAGAUGUAAUGCGCUUCCUUACACCUGAGGAAGAAAAUGGGGUAAGAGGGCUAGAACUUCAUAGGCAGCCUAUGUUAAGUCACAACCAUACUACCGAUCAAGGAAAAAACGAAGGGCAAAUGAAAUCUCCAUCUAAAGCCAAGCUUUCAAAUGUGUGUAAUAUGGAGCACAACAUUCUUCAUCUAAAAGUGCUGCAAGAGCAAGGAAAUUUAGUCCAUCCCUCAAAUCACUGUUUUCAUAAAAUAGUAGAAAACUGUCCAGAUGAAUACGAUAAUACCAUACAUCCCAGAUUGAAAACACAAAUGUCAAAUAAGGCAAACAGAAUACCUCGCUCUUAUGUUAAGAAAAGUAAAAACAUGGAGAACAGAAAAACCGACGGCAGAAAGUCAGUAAGCAGACAGCAUUCAGCCUUCAUUCAGGAAAAAGCAAUGGAUUUAGAUUUAUCAGAUACUAAUCUGAGCAGUGAUUCAGAAGACAUCUCAUACUGUGUUUCUUACGUUAAUUCACCAAGUGAUGACUUUAUGGAACAGAAGACUAAAAGUUAUAAGCCACACCAAACCAAAGGUUUCAGAUACAACACAGGAAGCAGAGAUUGGUUUAAAUGUGGGAGCUGCAAAGAAUCUAUUCAGUCCUGUGCCAUGUGUAGAAACAAAAAUCUCAGCUCACCUCGUGGAGGACCGUUGGAAUCUCUUUACUAGUCAUAGAAGAGGAAGCUAUUAAAGACACUGGUCAGACUUCUGCAGUUUAUAAACCCCACAAAUAAUAAUGGAGGGAAAGGAUUAAUGAAUAAAAGACUAAUUAAAAGAGCAUGGAAAGAACAAAAUAUAUUACCUCUAGACACAAUCUGGGCUUUUAAGAAAAACAGCAACGAUUGCAAGAGUCUUAACAUCUUGAAUUGGCAGAUAAAACUUUUUCUAGGUAUUUUUGUUGUUAUUUAUUAAUUCAAUGGGUAAAGCAGAGGAGAUGCUUUUUGUACUGCUCCCCAUGACUGAUUAGAAAAACAGUUAGUUUAAUAAAUGUUAUGUCACAGAACAAUCCCCAAAGCAGAGGCUGUAGGAUAGCACUUAAAAAAAAAAAUCUAUCACUGUUUUUACCAAGUGAAAUACUAACUGUGCAACUCUGCAGAGACACAGUUGGUCCAGGGAAAAAAAAACAAAACUUUUCAUUUCUAGCAGUGGAAACUUCUGAGAAAUGUCCAUUCCUAGAAAUGUUUCCAAAAGAAGAAACAAGAGAGGUAUUUAGCCUGUAAUUGUCUCCCUUUCCCUGCUCCUUGCACCUUCCCAAGACCAGGUCUGAGAGGGGAGCGAGGAUGGGGACAAGUCUGUUCCCCAGUCCAACUGCUUCUGGGAGGGCUCUCUUAGCCUUAUAGGCUUUUAGGGCAUUUAUACACAUGCUCUAGGAGGAGGGAGGGGGUACUUCAAUUAGAGCGGGAACGCUGAUACACAUGACACUGGAGUCUGCUGAAGCAUGGUAAUUACAUUCCAGCAGACUC